CUUUACCACCUGUUAGACCGCGGCCCAGUUUCGAACGAACGCGCAGUAUUUUUCGCGGCACUUCCCCGUCAAGAAGUCACCAAAAAGACGUCCUUUAGACCUAUUAGAUAGUUAACGUAACGCUGCACAGUGCGAAUUUGAGUUGUAGACCGUAUUCCUAGACGAAAAGACUGCAAGAGGACGGUUCGAAACUGGGCAAGUUGUUCGGCGCUGAGAGAAACACCCCACCAUGGAGGCACUGGAGUCAGAGCUGACCUGCCCGAUGUGCCUGGACCUGUUCGAGUCGCCUCUGCAGCUGCCCUGUCUGCACAACCUGUGCAGGAAGUGCGUCCGAGACCUGGAUUCCUACUCCAAGAAGGCAGACGGGGCGGCGGGUACGGCACGGGGAGGCGCGGUGGCGAGGAAGAGAGGACCCCCCGCGGGGCAGCAGAAGGAUGAGCCCAAACUCACCUGCCCUACCUGCAGGCGGGAGGUGCCACUGGACGAGAGGGGAGUUGACGGCCUGAGCAGGAACAUGGUUCUGCAGAACAUCGUGGACAGGUUCAGGGACGCCAGGGACAAGGAGAAACCCGACACCGCACCGCCAUGUCAGCUGUGUGAAGGCGACCCCCGGCCGGCUGUGAAGGUGUGUGUGAACUGUGACGGUCUGGCGUACUGUGAGGACUGCCUGCUGACCUUUCACCCCGCCCGCGGACCCCUAGCCAGGCACACGCUGGUCGCUCCCGGGCAGCAGCCCAGCAAGGCUGAACCUAAGGUCGUCAUGUGCACGGACCAUGCGGACGAGAAGGUGAAUCUGUACUGUAAGGUGGAAGAGGCUCCGGUGUGCGCGCUCUGUAAGCUGGUGGGGAAACACCAAGGCCAUGAGGUAGCCGCGCUGUCGGAUGCCUACAAGGAGAAGAAGGAUGUUCUGAUGGAGGAAGUCUCCGCCUUGAAGAACAGAAACGAGGAAAUCAGCCAGUUUGUGGCGGGGAUGCGGGAAACCUGCGCCAAAGUUCAGGAACAGAACAAGACGUGGCAGGUCAAGCUUGUGCAGGGGAUCUCACGACUUGAAAAGAUCCUCAAGGAGAGGAAGAAGUUCCUUGCGAAGGCAAUUUCUGAGGAAGAAGAGGAGAAGCUGAAGCUGUUGCGAGAGGAGAUAUCUAAGAAGGAGGAGCAUCUCCAGAAGUCUCAGGCAGUCGUGGCGUACGUGGAGGAAGUUCUGAAGGAGAAAGACCAGUCCUGCUUUCUUCAGGCAGUGAAAUCUACCCGAGAGAGAGUUGAGAAGAGUCAUGACAAAGACUCCCUGGCCGUUCCUGUCGGCUGGAUGUUCAAAGGCUUCGACUUCAGCAGGGAGGUAGAGGCCUUAAAGGCCAUGGAUCUGACUGAACUUACCACAUCUUGGCACGAAUGUGUGCAACAGGUGUGGGCUUCAUCUGAAUUCGUGGAGUUCAAACAGCAGUACAACCAAUAUAAUUAUCGACAAGAACGAGUACCUGUGUAUUACAACACCGACAACCUGAUCGACAACCGGGCCAACACGUACUGGCACAGCAACAGCGGUCAGGCGCAGCACUGGUUGCGACUGCAGCUGCAGCCUGGGGUCCAGGCUAGGACCCUCAAGCUCUCCCUCGUCCCAAAGCCACCUGGCAAGUGGACGGAGAACCACAGGCCGGAGAAAGUCACCCUCCUGGCCGGGAACGACUUUAACAACAUGGCCGCUCUGGAGACCGUUCACGUCGGCAAGGAACAGUCGGAAAUCACCCUCAACGUGGAUACAGAAAAGUCGUUUCUGCAGCUGACGUUUGAAAUGAAGACUCCGUCAGAAUGUAUCGUCAGUCAACUCAGCAUCGUCGCCUCCAAGCCCAAGCCGAAGGAAGGCUAGAAAUUCUACUAGCACAGCUAAGUGUGUAAAGAACUGGUCAGGCAAGAUCAGGGGAAGAAAUGUAAUGAAACAUGAUGGAGAAAUUUUGGUGAUGAGCUACACUGUAUCAGUGUCUUCUUUGAGGACACAUAUUGUGCAUUUUGUCUUGUCGUGUUUCUUAAAAGUUUUGAAUCUGACCAUAAGCUUCUGCGGCGGCUGCCAGAUGUAUGAAGUCAGGACCAGAAUCAAAAGUAGAUAUAAUCUGGCACGAUUGCCAUCGGGAUGUAGAAUGUACAAGCAGAUCAUUAUAAGCUAAUAUACGUCAACGAGUGACUGUAUAUUUUAUGUUACACAAUGUCUGUUGUGUGUAGACAGGGUGAUUUGACUCAAGCCUUGGGCUGUGUUACUGACUUUGUUGACAAUGCCUGCCUACCAGUACUAGUAGAUAUUAGAGUGCUGUGUGUUAUUAUGUUAUGAUGUGUUUGAAAAGCUACCGGGAAUUAUAAAUAUAUCUUAUAUUUUGCAGGAAUUUGGCAUGGCAUUGUGAAAUAACGAAUAUACUCAGAAGUAAUCCAUGUAUUAAUUGUCGUUCAUACUUUUCUGUAAUGACUUCCUGAAUGGUAUCACAGGAAUAAGGUUAACAUCGUUGGAUGUACAAUGUGUCUCUUGGACAACGGUACACAUGGAAAUAAACAGGCUACCAACUAUGAGGCCAAUAAAUGGCAGAGUAGCAUACAAUAGUGCCAAUUGUAAUUCUGCCUGUGCGUUGUAUCGUAAUAAGUAAUAAUAAAGAUAAAGAUAAUAAAAGCA